GCCCAGUCACCCACCUUAGCCACCAUGGGGCUAAGAGUGGCCAGCCUUUUCAUACUCUGGCUGGCUCUUUCCUAUGCUUAUGAAAUCAGAAAAGGAAGGACAAGAAACCACGGCCACUAUGUCUGCAGCACUUGGGGAAACGACCAUUUCAAAACCUUUGACGGAGACUUCUACCAAUUCCCUGGCGUUUGCGAGUAUAAUUUUGUUUCUGACUGCAGCGAUUCUUACGCAGAGUUCUCUGUCCACAUCCAGCGUGCUCUGAACAGCGAUAACCACCCUGAAAUCCAGUAUAUUCUGCUAAAACUCAAGGAUGUCACGGUGUACCUCAAACCAAAACUGGUUGUGGUGGAUGGGCGAAUUGUGAAGACACCUUACUACAGCUCUGGUCUGCUCAUUGAGAGCAGUGACAUUUACACCAAAAUUUAUGCCAAAUUAGGCAUGGUUCUGAUGUGGAAUCAGCAGGAUGCACUGAUGGUGGAGCUGGACAACAAAUUUAAUAACCUAACCUGUGGCCUCUGUGGGGAUUACAAUGGAAUUCCAAUCUACAAUGAGUUUAUCAAGGGAGAUGCAAGCUACAAUUCAAUUACAUAUGGGAAUUUGCAGAAGAUCAACAAACCCAAUGCCAAAUGUGAAGAUCCAGAUGAAACUCAGGCUCUUCCAAGCUGUAACGACCAUCGUGACGAGUGUGAGAGGCUGCUGACUUCCUCUGCAUUUGCUGAUUGUCGGUUCCGUCUUAAUUUGGAAACGUACAUCCAAGCCUGCAUGCAGGACAAGUGUGCCUGCAGUGGUACUGAGGACUCCUUCUGCAUCUGCAGCACCAUCUCUGAGUAUUCUCGCCAGUGUUCGCACGCCGGUGGCCGGCCGGGUGAAUGGAGGACGCAGAGCUUUUGCCCCAAGACCUGCCCUGAUACCAUGGUCUAUAGAGAAAGCAGCUCACCCUGCACAGAUACUUGCUCACACUUGGACAUCAGCAGCCUCUGUGAGGAACACUACAUGGAUGGUUGUUUCUGCCCUGAAGGAACUGUGUAUGAUGAUAUUACUGGAAAAGGCUGUGUACCUGUUAGCCAAUGCUACUGCAAACUCCUUGGAAAGCAGUAUGCACCUGGAGAAAACAUUUCCAAUGAAUGUGAAGAAUGCACCUGUAAUUCAGGCAGAUGGACGUGCAAAGAUUUACCUUGUCCAGGCACAUGUUCAGUGGAAGGAGGUUCCCAUAUUAGGACCUUUGAUGGGAAGAAAUACACCUUCCAUGGAGACUGUUACUAUGUAUUGGCCAAGGAUACUGCAAAUGACAGUUAUGCUCUCCUGGCAGAGCUGACUCCCUGUGGCUCCACAGACAGGCAGACCUGCUUGAAGACUGUUGUGCUGUUAGUGGAUAACAAAAAAAAUGUGGUGGUUUUCAGAUCCGAUGGCAGCGUGCUACUGAAUGAGAUGACAAUGAAUGUGCCUCAUGUGUCAGCCAGCUUCUCAGUAUUCCAGCCAUCUUCCAACUACCUUGUUGUACAAACACCUUUCGAGCUUCAGGUGCAGAUCCAGCUGCUUCCAGUCAUGCAACUGUUUGUGACUGUGGAUCAAUCAGCUGAAGGAAAAAUUCAAGGUCUUUGUGGAAACUUUAAUGGAAUGGAAGGUGAUGAUUUUAAAACAACCAGUGGGCUGGUAGAAGCUACAGGAUCUGCCUUUGCUAACACAUGGAAAGCUCAGUCCAUCUGUACAGACCAGGCAGAAAACCUGGAAGACCCCUGCAGUCUCAGCAUUGAAAGUGCAAAUUAUGCUGAGCAUUGGUGUUCUUUGCUGAAAAACCCAGAAGGUCCUUUUGCAACAUGUCACUUAGUCGUUGAUCCUUCAGAAUACUAUAAGAAAUGUAAAUAUGACACAUGCCUCUGUGAAGAUAAUGAAGAAUGCUUGUGUGCUGCCCUGUCCUCUUAUUCGAGAGCCUGUGCUUUCAAAGGAAUCAUACUGGAAGGCUGGAGAGACAGUGUCUGCAGCAGUGAAGUGUCUGCCUGUCAAGGAAAUCAAGUCUUCCUUUACAACAUUACAAGGUGCCAGCAAACCUGUCGUUCCCUUGCUGAUGGUGAAAAGUAUUGCUUGCAAGACUUUGCUCCUGUGGAUGGCUGUGGCUGCCCAUCUGAUACAUACCUGGAUACACAGGAUAACUGUGUGUCCAUCUCUGAGUGCCCAUGUUAUUACAAGGGAUCAUACCUGGAACCUGGGGAAUAUUUUACAAAAGAUGGAGACCGCUGUGUUUGCCGAAAUGCAAAGGUCCAGUGUACCUCAGUGAGAAUAAGAAUGAAAAGUGUAGAAGAAUGUUCUUCUAACAAGACAUUCUUUGACUGCGAUGCAUCCUCAGAAUGGACUUCACAAACACCUGUACAACUUAGCUGUCAUACCCCUCAAACAAAUCAUUUCCAGGCAGAGUGUGUCUCAGGCUGUGUGUGUCCUGAAGGUCUAUACGAUGAUGGCAGAGGAGGCUGUGUUGAGGAGAAGGACUGCCCAUGCAUUCAUAACAACGAGUGGUAUUCUUCUGGACAGAAGAUAACAGUGGACUGCAACACCUGUACCUGCCAAAAAGGGGUUUGGAGCUGCACUGCCAAUGCGUGCUAUGGGACUUGUAUGAUAUAUGGAAGUGGCCAUUAUAUCACUUUUGAUGGAAAAUUCUAUGACUUUGAUGGGAAUUGUGAAUAUGUGGCUAUUCAGGAUUUUUGUGGUGACAAAAAUUCCAGCGGCUCAUUCAGCAUCAUCACAGAGAAUGUCCCUUGUGGAACUACAGGAGUCACCUGCUCAAAAGCUAUCAAAAUGUUUCUAGGGAAAACUGAACUGAAAUUGGAGAACAAAGAGUACAAAGAAAUUCAGCGAGAUGUUGGUGAUGAUGUGCUUUAUUGGAACAGGACAGUAGGCCUCUACCUCGUUAUUGAGGCUAGCAAUGGUGUGAUGCUUAUCUGGGAUAAGAAGACUACUGUUUUCAUCAAGCUGAGCCCCGAUUACAAAGGCAAAGUGUGUGGUCUGUGUGGCAACUUCGAUGACAAGUCGAACAAUGACUUUAUAACAAGGAGCGGACUGCAGGAGACCAAUGCUCUGAAGUUCGGGAAUUCCUGGAAACAGUCUCCCAUGUGCCCAGAUGUCACAGAAGAGAUUAAGCCUUGUGAUUUGAAACCACAUCGGAAGUCCUGGGCAGAGAAAGAAUGCAGCAUCAUCCUGAGCGAAGUCUUCAAAAUUUGUCACUCCAAGGUGGACCCAGUUCCUUUCUAUGAUGCUUGUGUUCAUGAUGCCUGCUCUUGUGACAGCGGUGGAGAUUGUGAGUGCUUCUGUUCUGCAGUUGCUGCUUACGCCCAAGAAUGUACCAAGGUUGAGGCCUGUGUUUUCUGGAGAACUCCUGAUAUAUGCCCAAUAUUUUGUGACUACUACAACCCUCGCGAUGAGUGUGAGUGGCACUAUGAGCCCUGUGGCAGUAACAUCAUAACCUGCAGGAUGAUUAAUAAUGUCAGCACCAACUUUACAGUAGCAUACCUGGAAGGCUGCUACCCCAGAUGUCCUAAGGACAAGCCUAUUUAUAAUGAAGAGACAAACGAAUGUGUGCCUGAAGAUCAGUGCUGGUGUUACAUCGAUGGAAUUCAAGUUCCCCCUGGGCAUGAAAUACCCACAGAAGAAAACUGUACAAUAUGUGUCUGUGGCCCCUCAGGAUCCAUACAAUGUAAACCAGUUCCAGGGUGUCCUUGUGUCAUCAAUGGAACGAGUUAUCAAGUGGGUCAGACUGUGGCACAAGUACAGGAUGGUGACAUAUGUAUAACAUACAUUUGUGCAGAAAAUGGUUCUGUGGUUCCAGAUAAAAUCUACCCUUGUCCAACAUCUUCUUCACCUACAGUCCUUUCAACCUCAUUUCCUAGCAGUACUCUUACCACCACAGUUACCACUACAAGCCAUCCAGUGACUACAACUCCAUGCUUUGGAUUAAUCUGUGAUUGGACUGAGUGGUUUGACGUUAGUAAUCCUGAAGAAGAUGGUGGUGACUAUGAAACAUACGAUGAAAUAAGAAAACAUGGAUACAAAAUAUGUGAAGCUCCUGAAAAAAUUGAAUGCAGGGCAGAGGAUAAACCUGAUGUGAGCUUAGAGGAACUUGGUCAGAAAGUGCAGUGUGAUGUUUCGUAUGGACUAAUAUGUGAAAAUGAGGAGCAAGAUGUAACUAUGUGGCAACUUUGCUACAAUUAUGAAAUCAGGGUAAACUGUUGUGAGUGGCAAGAAAUUCCCUGUGAGAUUACACCUACACCUAGUACACCACAAACUGCAACUUCAACCACCACCAAGACAACAGUACCUCUCACCACUACAUCCAGGAUUCCCACAGAAAUUACCACCUCGCCCACACACAUCGCUUCAACCACAAGUGAACUAAUACCAUCAGUCUCCACUCCAGUAACUUCAACAUCUCCAGGCCCAGGUUCAUCGACACCGAGCACGGCAUCCCCUUCAACAAAAUCAACAACCACUCCCACUGCAAGACCAGGGGAGACUUCCACCAGCACUGCCAGCACCACAGUGCCCCCCAUCAGCACCACCAGCAGCAGCACCCCGGGGACAACCACAACUGUUCCUGGAUCAACAACACCCAUCUCUACUACUUCAAGCACAUCCACACCCACACCAACAUUCACCACCACCGUACCACCUCCAGGCCCAGGUUCAUCGACACCGAGCACGGCAUCCCCUUCAACAAAAUCAACAACCACUCCCACUGCAGGACCAGGAGAGACUUCCACCAGCACUGCCAGCACCACGGUGCCCCCCAUCAGCACCACCAGCAGCAGCACUCCAGGGACAACCACAACUGUUCCUGGAUUACCAACAUCCUCUCCAACUCCUGAAGGCUGUGAGUGCAUCUGGACGGACUGGUUUGAUGUGAGUUACCCGGAUAGUUCUGACAGAAAUGGUGGUGACUACGAAACGCUGGAGAAUAUUCACAAGGUCAACCCCUCCUGGGUCUGUGCAAAAGUUGAGAAUAUUUCAUGCAGAGCAGAGAAAUUCCCUAACAUUCCCAUUGCAGAUUUAGGGCAGAUCGUGGAAUGCAGUGUUAACACAGGGCUCAUCUGUAACAAUAGAGAUCAGCACAUAGGAGGUAUAAUACCUCAGCCAGUCUGCCUGAAUUACGAGAUUAGUGUGUGCUGCACCCCCGACAGACCAGAGUGUCUUCCACCUCAUACCCCAAGCACGACAACAUCCACAACGAGCAGCGUAAUCUCUUCAACAAUAUCAACAACUGCUUCAACAUCAGUGCCAACAGAGACUCCCAGCCCGAUCAGCAGCACCACGGUGCCCCCCAGCAGCACCACCAGCAGCAGCACCCCGGGGACACCACCCAUCUCUACUACUUCAAGCACAUCCACGCCCACACCAACGUUCACCACCACCCUACCACCUCCAGGCCCAGGUUCAUCGACACCGAGCACGGCAUCCCCUUCAACAAAAUCAACAGCCACUCCCACUGCAAGACCAGGAGAGACUUCCACCAGCACUGCCAGCACCACGGUGCCCCCCAUCAGCACCACCAGCAGCAGCACCCCAGGGACAUUCUCAAGUUUUCCUGGAUCACCAACACCCACCCUAACUACUUCAAGCACAUCCACGCCCACACCAACAUUCACCACCACCGUACCACCUCCAGGCCCAGGUUCAUCGACACCGAGCACGGCAUCCCCUUCAACAAAAUCAACAGCCACUCCCACUGCAGGACCAGGGGAGACUUCCACCAGCACUGCCAGCACCACGGUGCCCCCCAUCAGCACCACCAGCAGCAGCACCCCAGGGACAACCACAACUGUUCCUGGCUCAUCAACAACACCCAUCUCUACUACUUCAAGCACAUCCACGCCCACACCAACAUACACCACCACCAUACCACCUCCAGGCCCAGGUUCAUCGACACCGAGCACGGCAUCCCCUUCAACAAAAUCAACAACCACUCCCACUGCAGGUCCAGGGGAGACUUCCACCAGCACUGCCAGCACCACGGUGCCCCCCAUCAGCACCACCAGCAGCAGCACUCCAGGGAUAACAACAACUGUUCCUGGAUUACUGACAUCCUCUCCAACUCCUGAAGGUUCAGUGCGUGUGGAGUCCCACUCAUGCAUCUUGUGCCUUUGUCUGUUUUCUCUGUGCCUGCUGUUUCGAACAGGCCCAGGUUCAUCGACACCGAGCACGGCAUCCCCUUCAACAAAAUCAACAACCACUCCCACUGCAAGACCGGGGGAGACUUCCAUCAGCACUGCCAGCACCACGGUGCCCCCCAUCAGCACCACCAGCAGCAGCACCCCACGGACAACAACUGUUCCUGGCUCAUCAACAACACCCAUCUCAACUACUUCAAGCACAUCUGUGCCAAAACCACCAUACACCACCACCCUACCACCUCCAGGCCCAGGUUCAUCGACACCGAGCACGGCAUCCCCUUCAACAAAAUCAACAACCACUCCCACUGCAAGACCAGGGGAGACUUCCACCAGCACUGCCAGCACCACGGUGCCCCCCAUCAGCACCACUAGCAGCAGCACCCCACGGACAACAACUGUUCCUGGCUCAUCAACAACACCCAUCUCAACUACUUCAAGCACAUCUGUGCCAACACCAACAUACACCACCACCGUACCACCUCCAGGCCCAGGUUCAUCGACACCGAGCACGGCAUCCCCUUCAACAAAAUCAACAACCACUCCCACUGCAGGACCAGGAGAGACUUCCACCAGCACUGCCAGCACCACGGUGCCCCCCAUCAGCACCACCAGCAGCAGCACUCCAGGGACAACCACAACUGUUCCUGGAUUACCAACAUCCUCUCCAACUCCUGAAGGCUGUGAGUGCAUCUGGACGGACUGGUUUGAUGUGAGUUACCCGGAUAGUUCUGACAGAAAUGGUGGUGACUACGAAACGCUGGAGAAUAUUCACAAGGUCAACCCCUCCUGGGUCUGUGCAAAAGUUGAGAAUAUUUCAUGCAGAGCAGAGAAAUUCCCUAACAUUCCCAUUGCAGAUUUAGGGCAGAUCGUGGAAUGCAGUGUUAACACAGGGCUCAUCUGUAACAAUAGAGAUCAGCACAUAGGAGGUAUAAUACCUCAGCCAGUCUGCCUGAAUUACGAGAUUAGUGUGUGCUGCACCCCCGACAGACCAGAGUGUCUUCCACCUCAUACCCCAAGCACGACAACAUCCACAACGAGCAGCGUAAUCUCUUCAACAAUAUCAACAACUGCUUCAACAUCAGUGCCAACAGAGACUCCCAGCCCGAUCAGCAGCACCACGGUGCCCCCCAGCAGCACCACCAGCAGCAGCACCCCGGGGACACCACCCAUCUCUACUACUUCAAGCACAUCCACGCCCACACCAACGUUCACCACCACCCUACCACCUCCAGGCCCAGGUUCAUCGACACCGAGCACGGCAUCCCCUUCAACAAAAUCAACAACCACUCCCACUGCAAGACCAGGAGAGACUUCCAUCAGCACUGCCAGCACCACGGUGCCCCCCAUCAGCACCACCAGCAGCAGUACCCCAGGGACAUUCUCAAGUUUUCCUGGAUCACCAACACCCACCCUAACUACUUCAAGCACAUCCACGCCCACACCAACAUUCACCACCACCGUACCACCUCCAGGCCCAGGUUCAUCGACACCGAGCACGGCAUCCCCUUCAACAAAAUCAACAGCCACUCCCACUGCAAGACCAGGGGAGACUUCCACCAGCACUGCCAGCACCACGGUGCCCCCCAUCAGCACCACCAGCAGCAGCACCCCGGGGACAUUCUCAACUGUUACUGGAUCACCAACACCCACCCCAACUACUUCAAGCACAUCCACGCCCACACCAACAUACACCACCACUGUACCACCUCCAGGCCCAGGUUCAUCGACACCGAGCACGGCAUCCCCUUCAACAAAAUCAACAACCACUCCCACUGCAAGACCAGGGGAGACUUCCACCAGCACUGCCAGCACCACGGUGCCCCCCAUCAGCACCACCAGCAGCAGCACUCCAGGGACAACCACAACUGUUCCUGGAUUACCAACAUCCUCUCCAACUCCUGAAGGCCCAGGUUCAUCGACACCGAGCAUGGCAUCCCCUUCAACAAAAUCAACAACCACUCCCACUGCAAGACCAGGGGAGACUUCCAUCAGCACUGCCAGCACCACGGUGCCCCCCAUCAGCACCACCAGCAGCAGCACCCCACGGACAACAACUGUUCCUGGCUCAUCAACAACACCCAUCUCAACUACUUCAAGCACAUCUGUGCCAAAACCACCAUACACCACCACCCUACCAACUCCAGGCCCAGGUUCAUCGACACCGAGCACGGCAUCCCCUUCAACAAAAUCAACAACCACUCCCACUGCAAGACCCGGGGAGACUUCCAUCAGCACUGCCAGCACCACGGUGCCCCCCAUCAGCACCACCAGCAGCAGCACCCCACGGACAACAACUGUUCCUGGCUCAUCAACAACACCCAUCUCAACUACUUCAAGCACAUCUGUGCCAACACCAACAUACACCACCACCGUACCACCUCCAGGCCCAGGUUCAUCGACACCGAGCACGGCAUCCCCUUCAACAAAAUCAACAACCACUCCCACUGCAGGACCAGGGGAGACUUCCACCAGCAGUGCCAGCACCACGGUGCCCCCCAUCAGCACCACCAGCAGCAGCACUCCAGGGACAACCACAACUGUUCCUGGAUUACCAACAUCCUCUCCAACUCCUGAAGGCUGUGAGUGCAUCUGGACGGACUGGUUUGAUGUGAGUUACCCGGAUAGUUCUGACAGAAAUGGUGGUGACUACGAAACGCUGGAGAAUAUUCACAAGGUCAACCCCUCCUGGGUCUGUGCAAAAGUUGAGAAUAUUUCAUGCAGAGCAGAGAAAUUCCCUAACAUUCCCAUUGCAGAUUUAGGGCAGAUCGUGGAAUGCAGUGUUAACACAGGACUCAUCUGUAACAAUAGAGAUCAGCACAUAGGAGGUAUAAUACCUCAGCCAGUCUGCCUGAAUUACGAGAUUAGUGUGUGCUGCACCCCCGACAGACCAGAGUGUCUUCCACCUCAUACCCCAAGCACGACAACAUCCACAACGAGCAGCGUAAUCUCUUCAACAAUAUCAACAACUGCUUCAACAUCAGUGCCAACAGAGACUCCCAGCCCGAUCAGCAGCACCACGGUGCCCCCCAGCAGCACCACCAGCAGCAGCACCCCGGGGACACCACCCAUCUCUACUACUUCAAGCACAUCCACGCCCACACCAACGUUCACCACCACCCUACCACCUCCAGGCCCAGGUUCAUCGACACCGAGCACGGCAUCCCCUUCAACAAAAUCAACAGCCACUCCCACUGCAAGACCAGGAGAGACUUCCACCAGCACUGCCAGCACCACGGUGCCCCCCAUCAGCACCACCAGCAGCAGCACCCCGGGGACAUUCUCAACUGUUACUGGAUCACCAACACCCACCCUAACUACUUCAAGCACAUCCACGCCCACACCAACAUUCACCACCACCGUACCACCUCCAGGCCCAGGUUCAUCGACACCGAGCACGGCAUCCCCUUCAACAAAAUCAACAGCCACUCCCACUGCAGGACCAGGGGAGACUUCCACCAGCACUGCCAGCACCACGGUGCCCCCCAUCAGCACCACCAGCAGCAGCACUCCAGGGACAACCACAACUGUUCCUGGCUCAUCAACAACACCCAUCUCUACUACUUCAAGCGCAUCCACGCCCACACCAACAUACACCACCACCGUACCACCUCCAGGCCCAGGUUCAUCGACACCGAGCACGGCAUCCCCUUCAACAAAAUCAACAACCACUCCCACUGCAAGACCAGGGGAGACUUCCACCAGCACUGCCAGCACCACGGUGCCCCCCAUCAGCACCACCAGCAGCAGCACUCCAGGGACAACCACAAGUGUUCCUGGAUUACCGACAUCCUCUCCAACUCCUGAAGGUAUGUUCCCAAUACCAAUAAUUCCCACCAAAACCCCUCCGCCUCCAACUGCAGAAGCAACAAAUGAUUCUGUGGCUCUGUUGUCAUUUUUUGUAUUGCUAUGGGAGUGCCCAGGUUCAUCGACACCGAGCACGGCAUCCCCUUCAACACAAUCAACAACCACUCCCACUGCAAGACCGGGGGAGACUUCCAUCAGCACUGCCAGCACCACGGUGCCCCCCAUCAGCACCACUAGCAGCAGCACCCCACGGACAACAACUGUUCCUGGCUCAUCAACAACACCCAUCUCAACUACUUCAAGCACAUCUGUGCCAAAACCACCAUACACCACCACCCUACCACCUCCAGUCUGUGGCAGCUGCCUCAUAUGCUAUUUCUUUUCAGUGCGUGUGGAGUCCCACUCAUGCUUCUUGUGCCUUUGUCUGUUUUCUCUGUGCCUGCUGUUUCGAACAGGCCCAGGUUCAUCGACACCGAGCACGGCAUCCCCUUCAACAAAAUCAACAACCACUCCCACUGCAAGACCGGGGGAGACUUCCACCAGCACUGUCAGCACCACGGUGCCCCCCAUCAGCACCACCAGCAGCAGCACUCCAGGGACAACCACAACUGUUCCUGGCUCAUCAACAACACCCAUCUCAACUACUUCAAGCACAUCUGUGCCAACACCAACAUACACCACCACCGUACCACCUCCAGGCCCAGGUUCAUCGACACCGAGCACAGCAUCCCCUUCAACAAAAUCAACAACCACUCCCACUGCAGGACCAGGGGAGACUUCCACCAGCACUGCCAGCACCACGGUGCCCCCCAUCAGCACCACCAGCAGCAGCACUCCAGGGACAACCACAACUGUUCCUGGAUUACCGACAUCCUCUCCAACUCCUGAAGGCCCAGGUUCAUCGACACUGAGCACGGCAUCCCCUUCAACAAAAUCAACAACCACUCCCACUGCAAGACCAGGGGAGACUUCCACCAGCACUGCUAGCACCACGGUGCCCCCCAUCAGCACCACCAGCAGCAGCACUCCAGGGACAACCACAACUGUUCCUGGAUUAUCAACAACCACCUCUCCUCCUAUAAGUAUUGUCACCAGGACCCCUCAGCCUCCAACUACAUUACCAUUAGAGGGUACAACACCUGGACCAGAGACACCGACAAAGACAAGUACUCCAGUUACUCCUUCAGCUACUCCACUGCCAACAACUAGAACAACAGAAAGAGGAAGUACAGUGUUUACCAGAAGCACCACUAUUCAGCAGUCAACAUCCUCGGUGUCAACAAGCCCAGUGACCGUCACCACCUCUCAAGUCACUGAAACAGGAUCGACCCCCAAAACUACUACUUCAGGUCCUACACCCUCAAGAUCCACCAGCACCACACCAGUAACAGAAACACCUAGCCAUGAGACCACUACCACCAGGACUGUGAGCCCCCCAACAGGAUCACAUACCGCUCCUGUCAGCACCACAACUUCAGGACUGGGUAGCACUCCUGUAACACCACCAUCAGUAUCAACAACCCCACUUACAGCCACCACUUCUGAAACCACUGAAACAGAAUCGACCCCCAAAACUACCCCUUCAGGCCCCACACCCUCAAGAUCCACCAGCACCACACCAGUAACAGAAACACCUAGCCAUGAGACCACUACCACCAGGACCGCGAGCCCCCCAACGGGAUCACAUACUGCCCCUGUCAGCACCACAACUUCAGGACCAUCCUCUCUGGGGUCUACUCCUAGCAGUACUGUAUCUCUGUCUUCAGCAUCAACCAGCUCUGUGCCAGUCACCACCUCUGGUACUACUCCAACCAAAACCUUUACCACCACUUCAGGAACCACCUCUAGCAGUUUUACCAUAAGCACUGCAACCACCACCUCCACCACCUUAGAAACUCUUUCACCUGGCUCAACUAGUGCAUCUGGGCCAACUGCAACAUCAACUGCAGUCACCACUAGAGGAAGUUCUACAUACAGUACCGUUACUCCAGUUAGUGGCUCAAGUUCAACUACAGGUCUAACACCAACUACGCCUAAAAAAAUAUGUUCUAUUUUACCUAAUGAAUCUUAUGAGCAAGGUGAGUCAUGGUGGCUCUGUAACUGCACUAAGGCAAUAUGUAUAGAAGACAAUAUCGUCCAGGUGAUUCCCAUAAUCUGUAAUCCACCUCCUAAACCUACCUGUGCCAAUGGGCUUUCUCCUGUGCCAGUCAUUGAUGAGGAUGGAUGCUGUUGGCAUUGGGAGUGUGAUUGCUACUGCACUGGCUGGGGAGACCCACAUUACAUGACUUUUGAUGGACUGUACUACAGCUACCAAGGGAAUUGUACAUAUGUCCUUGUGGAAGAGAUUAAUAAGAAAGUUGACAACUUUGGUGUCUACAUUGAUAACUACCAUUGUGAUUCACGGGAUGUGGUCUCCUGUCCUCGAACGCUCAUUGUGAGACAUGAAACUCAGGAAGUGAGGAUAGCAACGGUGAAACCAAAUACUGUAGAAGUAGAGGUGACAGUAAACAAUCAGUUAGUGGCUUUGCCUUAUAAAAAGUUUGGGGUGAGCAUCUAUGAGUCAGGAAUAAAUCGUGUUGUGGAAAUUCCUGAGCUAAAAAUGAAUGUGACCUACAAUGGCUUGUCCUUUUCUAUCAGAAUGCCCUACAGCCUGUUUGGCAACAACACUCAGGGACAGUGCGGUACUUGCAAUAACAACACCGCAGAUGACUGCAUGUUGCCGAAUGGAAACAUUGCAGAAAACUGUGAAACCAUGGCAGAUCACUGGCAGGUUGUUGAUCCCUCCAAACCACAGUGCUCUCCAGGCCUAAAUCCUACAAGUUCACCUACCACAACCCCAGCACAGCCUUGCAAAGAAUCUUCCAUCUGCGAGCUUCUUUUGGGAAGCGUGUUCAAGCCAUGCCAUGAGUUUGUGCGGCCUGAAAAGUACUAUGCAGCCUGCAUUUUUGAUAGUUGUGUACUUCCCAACCUAGACCUGGAAUGCUCAAGUCUGCAGAUCUAUGCUGCCACCUGUGCUGAUCAAGGUGCAUGCAUUGACUGGAGAAGUCACACCAAUGGUGUAUGCUCUCAUGAAUGCCCCUCAGGAAAAGAGUUCAGAGCAUGUGGUCCUAUUAAAGAGCCAACCUGCAAAUCAAGUCACCAAAAUGAAACUUCAACUAAACAAGUGGAAGGCUGUUUCUGUCCCAAUGGAACAAUGCUGUAUGACUCUGGUGUGGAUGUCUGCGUGAAAACCUGUGGCUGUGUUGGAGUGGAUAUGAUCCCGAGAGAGUUUGGGGAAAAGUUUAUAGUAGACUGUCAGGACUGUACUUGCCUGGAAGGGGAAUAUGGCAUUGUAUGCCAGCCUCAUGAAUGUGCUGAACAACAUGUCACUUGUAAUGGAGAAGGCUUCUAUCAGGUCACUGAAGUCAAUCCCGAAGACUCCUGCUGCCCUCUUGUCACCUGCAGAUGCAAUACAAGCCUCUGCACAGCUAAAGCUCCCAAGUGCACACUGGGAUUUGAACUUCAUUCUUAUAUUCCCAGUGGUCAGUGCUGUCCUGUGUACCAAUGUGUUCCCAAGGGGGUCUGUGUUCACGAGAGUGCUGAGUUCUUGCCUAACUCCUCAGUCUUUGUUGAUAAGUGUCAGAAUUGUUUCUGCACAAAUGAAGUUAACGUCAGCACUCAGCUGAAUAUCAUCUCAUGUGAACCUCUUCCAUGCAAUACGUACUGUGCACCGGGAUAUGAACUUCAACCAGUGAAAGGUGAAUGUUGUGGAAAAUGUGUGCAGACCAAGUGUAUUAUACAUGCAAACAAUGAUGAGCUCAUCUUGAGUCCUGGAGAGUUUAAAAAUGAUCCUAAUAACAACUGCACCAUUUAUAGCUGUGUAGAGAUCCACAACCAGCUUAUCUCUUCCACAUCUGAGAUUACCUGUCCAGCAUUUAAUGAGGACAGCUGCAAACCUGGAACUAUUUCAUUCUUACCUAAUGGUUGUUGCAAAACCUGUGCACCUCUGGAUAGCACUACACCAUGCUCUGUCCGUGAAAGAGAAGACUUUAUUGUCUAUAAUGGCUGCCGUUCCGUGGACAGAGUUGUCAUGACUGAGUGUGAAGGAACAUGUGGAACCGUCUCGCUAUACUCUGCUGAGGCCAAUUCUAUGGAUCACAGCUGUUCCUGCUGCAGAGAAUCACAGACUACUGAGAAGUACGUGGUACUGAAGUGUCCUGGUGGGCAGUCACUGUCACAUAAGUACAUCUAUGUGGAAAGCUGCAGCUGUCAAGACACUGAAUGCCAGAUCCCACAAUCCAGUGAGUCGCGGAGAAGAAAAUAACAAGGCAAGAUCUCUGAACCGUACCAAGACGGCCAUCAGCUUAACAUCAAAAUGAAGACAGAAAAAAACUAGCAGCAUUUGACUGAAAGGCCUGUGCACCAUUCUUAGCUUUCUUGACUACUUUUGAACAUUGCUUUUCCCAGUAAAUGCAUCCUAUUUGUUCUCUGAUUACUUUGAACAGUGCUCUAUUUAUUUGUGCCAAAAUAAGAACACAAAUUUGUAUUCUUCCAAGUGCACAGCCUUUUGGAUCCUUUUAUAAUCUGCUUAUUUUCUCUGAAUGAUUAAAAGCACAUUUCAAAAA